AUGUCUGCCAAUCACCUCCCCCAUCUCUCACAACUUGUGCACCCUGUUACCCUGGACCUGGCUGAAGUUGAGAAGGCCACUAUCAAGGAACAACUAAUGGUUGUGUUGGAAGCCCUUGUUGCUGAGGCAAGUGUGCCUGAUGAUAAGAGGGAGCUGAGGGGGGAGAAGCUGAUGUGGUUGCAGUGGUGGGAGGAGAAGAUGGAAGCACUUGUGCCAAUCAUUGAGCUGGGGAAAGAGCUCAGCAUAGUUAUGAGGGCUGAUGCUGUGGAUGCACCAGUACUGACCAAAGCUGAUGACAUGUACAAGCAAUGGACUACAGAAGAGGCCAAUGCACCCAUGAAAGCUGAACAGGACAUCCAGAUGGGGGAGGAGCCCAUGACAGAGCCUGGCUCAACAGUGGUGGUAUGGAUGUUGCACAUGGAGCAUGCAAGAUAUGACACCAAUGAUGAAGAGGAGGUGAUGAGGGUGAAGGCAAAGGAGAGAAAGCAAUGGAAGGCAGCUGAGCAAGCCUGGCAGGAAGAACAGGCUCAGCUUGAGGCUGAGAGAGUGGAGAGAGAGAAGGCCAAGGCAGAGAGGGCAGAGAGGGAGAGGGCCAAGGCCAAGAAGGCAGUGCAGGAGGCAGAAGAGGAAAGGGUGUGCAAGGAGGAAGAGAGGCAAGAGGCCAAGCAUAAACACAAGGCUGAGGCCAUGAAGGGUGAUGAAGCCAGGGCCAGUGGUAGUGAGGCUGGCAAGGUUGUUGAUGCACAUUAA